AUGCGACCUAUCGAUGUUACCCCCACGAUCGCCGACAAGCUCUUAACCACGGUGUACAACAAUUACGUAAAGAUCGCGGCGCCAGCGCGAUUCAAAGUGGGUGAGUCGGUACGCGUCAGUAAAUUCAAAACAACCUUUGAGAAAGGUUAUACGCCAAAUUGGACUACGGAGGUGUUUAAAAUCAAGGUGCAGAAAACUAAUCCUGCGACGUAUCUAUUGGAGGAUUAUCGUGGAAAACCGGUUGCCGGAGGAUUUUACGAGUACGAGUUGCAUCGCGUUGCUAAUCCCAACGUGUAUCUGGUUGAAAAAGUGUUACGUAAAAGAGGAGAUGAUGUUUAUGUAAAAUGGCUGGGGUUUGAUAAUUCGCAUAAUUCUUGGAUACACAAAGAUAAUGUUUUGUAA